CUGUCUCCACCUGGAGCAGGAAGCUGUGCGGCUAGCUGGCCAGCGGCCGGGGCCGCGUGGGUUCUCACUUCCCCUCCCCAACGGCCUCGGGUGCAGGUGCCACGGGCGAGCCGGACAGGCGGGGCGGGCCCCCGUGGACACGCCCUCGCGCGAGUCCUCACAGCCAGCCAGGAGGAAGCGCCAGAGCUGCUCUGGUCCUUCGUGGAGCCCGGGCGACCUCCUGCCCCGCGCUCAGGGACACCGCCCGGCCAGGCUCCGGGCCCCGGCACCGGGCACGCCGCAGGCGGGGAUGUGAGAGCGUCCAGCGGCAUGGCAGCCUCAGGGGCGCCCCGAAGAUGCGACAUCCUCACUGUCUACAGCCCGGACGCCGAGGAAUGGUGCCAGUACCUCCAGGACCUUUUCCUGUCCAGUCGGCAGGUCCGCACCCAGAAGAUGCUGACGCACAGGCUGGGCCCUGACGCCUCCUUCUCGGCCGAAGACCUGCUCCUCUUCCUGGGCGCCCGCUGCGUGGUGGUGCUGCUCUCGGCGGAGCUGGUGGAGCACUUCUACCGGCCGGCCCUGCUGCCGCUGCUGCAGAGGGCGCUGCACCCCCCGCACCGCGUGGUCCGGCUGCUCUGUGGGGUGCAGGGCACCCAGGACGAGUUUCUGCCCUUCUUCCCCGACUGGGCCCACUGGCAGGAGCUCACCUGUGACGACGAGCCCGAGGCCUAUGUGGCCGCUGUGAGGAAGGCCAUUUCUGAAGAUUCUGGCUGUGACUCAGUUACUGACACAGAGCCUGAAGAAGAGAACCACUCAAAGCGGCAGAGUCUGCUGACGACGGAGGCUUCUGGGAACCUGAUGGUGGUACAGCCGGACCGCAUUCGCUGUGGGGCAGAAACUACUGUUUACGUCAUUGUGAGAUGUAAGUUGGAUGAGAGGGUGGCAACAGAGGCAGAAUUUUCUCCCGAGGAUUCUCCCUCUGUACGGGUAGAAGCCAUGCUGGAGAAUGAAUACACAGUUUCUGUGAGGGCUCCUGAUCUUUCAUCUGGGAAUGUUUGUCUGAAGAUAUAUUCUGGGGAUUUAGUGGUAUGUGAAUCCAUUAUCAGCUAUUAUACUGACAUGGAAGAAAUCGAGAAUUUACUGUCUAAUGCUGCAAAUCCUGUGGAAUUCAUGUGUCAGGCCUUUAAAAUUGUGCCCUACAACACAGAAACCCUUGAUAAACUGCUAACAGAGUCCCUGAAAAACAACAUCCCUGCAAGUGGACUGCACCUUUUUGGAAUCAACCAGCUGGAAGAAGAAGAUAUGAUGACAAAUCAGAGGAAUGAAGAGCUGCCUACCUUGUUGCAUUUUGCUGCGAAGUAUGGGCUGAAGAACCUCACUGCCUUGCUGCUUACCUGCCCAGGGGCCCUCCAGGCAUACAGUGUGGCCAACAAGCAUGGCCACUACCCCAACACAAUCGCUGAGAAACAUGGCUUCAGGGAUUUGCGGCAGUUCAUCGAUGAGUACGUGGAGACUGUGGACAUGCUGAAGAGCCACAUUAAAGAAGAGCUGAUGCAUGGAGAGGAGGCUGACUCUGUGUAUGAGUCCAUGGCCCACCUGUCCACAGACCUGCUCAUGAAAUGCUCCCUCAAUCCUGGUUGUGACGAGGAGCUUUACGAGUCCAUGGCUGCCUUUGCCCCAGGGGCUACUGAGGACCUCUAUGUUGAAAUGCUUCAGGCAAAUACAUCUAACACAGUCUCCGGAGAUGGUUUCUCUAGACCUACUAAGGAUUCUAUGAUCCGCAAGUUUUUAGAAGGCAACAGCAUAGGAAUGGCUGGUUUGGAGAGAGAUCAGUACCAUCUUGGUGAGGAAGAAGAUGUUUAUCACACAGUGGAAGAUGAUGAGACCUUUUGCAUGGACCUGGCCAGCAGGCCCCCUGUCCCUGUGCCCAGGCCAGAGGCCAGUGCUGCAGGUGCUCACCAGCUGCCUGACAAUGAACCAUACAUUUCUAAAGUUUUUGCAGAAAAAAGUCAAGAGCAGCCUGGGAAUUUGUAUAUUUCCUCAGAGAGCCUCCGGAAAGAGUCGCCUGUCAGACUAUGGAGAGACAGGCCCCAGUCAAGUAUAUAUGAUCCAUUUGCUGGGAUGAAGACGCCAGGCCAGCGGCAGCUCAUCACUCUGCAGGAGCAGGUGAAGCUGGGCAUCGUCAAUGUGGAUGAGGCUGUGCUGCACUUCAAGGAAUGGCAGCUCAACCAGAAGAAAAGAUCUGAGUCCUUUCGCUUCCAGCAGGAGAAUCUUAAACGAUUAAGGGAUAGUAUCACCCGAAGACAGAAAGAGAAACAGAAAUCAGGAAAGCAGACAGACUUGGAGAUCACAGUCCCCAUCCGGCACUCACAGCACCUGCCUGGGAAAGUGGAGUUUGGAGUCUAUGAGAGCAGCCCCAGGAAAAGUGUCUUCCCCUCAAGGACAGAGCUAAGGCGUGGCGACUGGAAAACAGACAGUACCUCCAGCACAGCGAGCAGCAUGAGUAACCGGUCAAGCACACGGAGCCUCCUCAGUGUGAGCAGUGGGAUGGAGGGCGACAAUGAGGACAAUGAAGUCUCAGAAGUUACCAGAACUCGUAGUCCGGGCCCGCAGCAAGUGGAUGGAACUCACACAGUACCCUUUGAGAGGCCCCCCAGGGUGCCUCCUCGAGCUGCCUCACAGAGGCCUCCAACCAGAGAGACCUUCCAUCCUCCUCCACCUGUUCCACCCAGAGGUCGAUGAUUCUACCUCCUAAACUCUGCCUACUUCAGAACAUUAAGACUUGCAAUUUUCAGCCUGUUAAUGAGGUCUUCAUGUUGCAUUUUCUGGUGUGGCUGUUGAUCUUAAGAUCCACUCUGAUGGUUUGGAUUAUCCUUGAAGAAGACAUUAUCAAGGCAUGAAGGAGUGAACAAUUAAGGACUCUGUUCACCAUCAUCAAGCAUAUUGAUCCAUAUUCUUGUUUGCCAGAAAAAAAAACAAACUUAAAUCAGGAUACUUACCUCUACUUUCCCAUAUCAGAAGCCUAAUAAGAUUGAUCAGAAAUGUACUUACAAGUGAUUAUACUGUAAUGCACUUAUAUUAGUCCUUAUGUAUUUGCCAGCCCAGCCUAAUUUCUUGAAAUGAUUAUGAUAUAGGUCUCACAGUAUUCAAGUAAAAAAAUAAGUGGCCUAAUUUUAAAAUAAUUCUUCUGCUUGCCCAUAUGUGCAGGAGGGUCACAUACAGAAAACUGAAAAAAACCUUAAAAAGGUACAUGUCUUAACUUCUUUUGUAUAGAAGGCAAAUCUGAGCUCCCAUAGAAAUCUAGAACCAUGGGCUGAGAUGUAGCUCAGCACCACAGCGCCUGGGUGGCAAGCUCAAGGACCUGAGUUCAAUCCCUGGUACAAAAAAACCCCUAAAAAACAAAAACCUCCAUGAAAUCUAGAACCAAGAGAUCUCAGUUGUUUAGAGGAAGAGAUCAGUCUACAAUCUAGACCUAUUGAUUUUAGAUCAUCAUACUUCCCAUCUCUGGCAAGCUAAUUCCUCUUUCCUUCAAGGUAUUCCCAGAUGUAGAAAUUCAUCAGUGACUGUAAGUCUUCUGGAAGUUUCCCCUUUUCACAUCUUCUACGCAUCAGAUACUAAGUACUUUCUUCAAUUUGGACACUUAUACCUCAUUAUGCUUUCAAAACAGUGAUAUUGCCAAGAGGCCAGUGAAAAUGGUUAGAACUAGAAGCAUAGGAUGCCAAGGACCUCACUUAUUUGCUCUGUUGCCUUUUAAGUCUUAGUUCUAGCCAUAAAGAGAGGGGAGGAUCCUUGAUUUUCUCUGCUGAAGGAUCUGAAGAACCUAAAAUAGAAAUACUUUGAAUAUUUUAUUGUACUUUAUUCUUAUAUUAAAAUAAAUAGAAAACAUAAAAUUCAAAGUGCUGAUGAGAAGCCUGGGUCUCAUGAUUGUGAUGCCCCUGUGUCAGGGAUGGACCUGAUAGAGAGCAACAAAUCAAUACCUACAUCCUCUGUAGAUAUUUGUUGAACAUCCAAGCUGUUUGAUGGUGCAAAAAAGAAGAAAAGAAUCUGGAUGAAAUACUGAGACCAUGUUAUCAAAGAAUGUUUCUAAUGGUUGGAAAAAA